AUGCAUUCACCAUCUUUUGCCGAUAAGAAAUGGUUAUUUAUUGUAACAGGGGACCAUGGAAUGAGCGAUCAAGGAAGUCAUGGUGGCUCAACAAUAGGCGAAAAAACCACUGGUCUUUUUAUGCUUGGAUCUAACUGGAACAAUACUGACCAACCUUCAACUAAGACAUGUACAACAAACAUAAAACAUCUAGAACAAAUACAACAGGUGGAUUUAGCUUCGUUAAUCGGAUUGAUCACUGGUGCUGGUAUACCCUCAAGAAGUCUUGGUAUUUUAUCAUCAUCAUGGUUGAAUAAUCUUUGGUCUUCAAAUGAGGACAGAUUAAAAGUUAUGCUUUUAUUGAUGAAACAUUUUGGUCAACUGAUUGGUGAAUGUAAAUUCUUUUCAGAAUCAUCUAGUAUAUUAGAGAACACAAAUUGUACUUCAAGUAUAUGGGGUAAAGAGAAAACAAUGAAAUACAAUGUUUUAAUGGAUGAAAUCAUCUCUUGGUUGCAUUGUCAAAAGGCUAAAGACGAUUUAAUAGCUAAAUCAAAAAAUAUUGACUGUCGACAGAUGGGUUCACGUGUUAAAGGUGAAUCACUGAUUCAUGAGUCAGUCAAACUACUUCAAGAUCUGCAGUCGGAUUCUUUGUCAAAGGCUGAACACUUGGAUAAUCAUCAAAUGCUAAUCGGUGGUAUACUCAUGUGGAUUGUAACGAUAUUUCUAUUUCAUAAAAUCCUCAACUUUGGUGUUUUCACUUCGGACAUCAAAGAUUCUGCGUUAAACAAAAGAGGUCAAAAGUCACUUAUCCAAUAUUAUUAUUCUGAUACAGCUGAUAUCAGUUAUUCGUUUGAUCCGCAUUUAGUACAGAUUAUUUGUAGAUUUGGUACAGUCUGUCUACUGCUUCAUUCAGUCAGUUUAGCAUCAAGUAGUUAUGCUGAAGAAGAACACCAAUUAUGGUAUUAUUUCGGUUCAAGUUUGAUGCUUUUAACUGGGUUAUUAGUUCUGUUGGGAGAUGUCACUUCGACUAUUAAGUGGAUUAUAAUGAAAAUAAUUUUAAAGAUACUUUUAUUAGAUCGUUUUCUGCUGCGUCGACUUCAUCGAACUGGUAAUAAAUGGAUACAUUUACCGGAUAUAUCUGAUUGGCUGUACGAACCUCAACAUGUUGGCUGGUUAUGGCUAUGGCUGCUAACUGCAUGGAUUAUAUUUUUAUUGUUUCGAUUCAAGGCAAUAAUUCAUCUACGUCCAACUUGUUCUGUAUGGGAUAAAUGCAAAUAUUACAUUCCUUUAAUCCCUAGUAUAUUUAUAGCUCUAAAUCAGUUAUCCUAUAAAUUCGCAGUGGCUGAAAAUGAAAAUGAAGAUGCCAUACAUUCAGCCAGAUUUUGUUAUCUGUUAUGCGCUGUCGAUGCAUUUUGUUUGUAUAAAUCAAGAGGUGUUCGUUUGAACAAAAAUGCUAGUCGAUUAUUUGGUCAAACAUCAUCGGAUGUUUCAAAAACAUUUUGGGAUUCAAUUGUUCAUCCAUUAUCAACAUUAAUUAUACUGGUAUGUUUACUGGGAAAACCUGUUGUAACAAUUCUAUGGCUUGGUAUAUGGUUAAAGGAAGCUUUGCUCUCGGAAAUGAUUCAAUUAAUAUUUCAUUAUUCUGGAAUGCAUUCGUCGCAUAAAACAUUUCAAUACAUUUUACCACUGUGCUCAUGGCUUAUCUACUGGACUCAAGGUUGGGUUAGCUUUUUUCAACAGGGAAAUUCUUUAAGUCUAUCUACUGUCGACUUGUCUGCUGCAUAUGUUGGUCUUCGGCAUCACCAACCUCUGAUAGCUGGUCUGUUGUUGGCGUUUUACACGUAUUCAGGACCAAUAAUAUGGCAAUUGGCUUUUUUCUGUCGAUUUGUUCUACCCGGACGUAAAUAUUUUGGUAUUGUUGUUGUCGAUGAAUUGCAUCUUAUUGGUGAUACUCAUCGUGGCUAUUUGCUAGAAUUGUUGCUAACGAAAUUACUCCUUCAUUCACGUCGCAGAUUAAACUCUAAACUAAUAGAUAGUAGUAGAAGUUCAGAAGACUCUCGAAGCUUAUUGAACGAAUGUUUGAACAAAUCUUUUUUUCAUACAAAUGGUAUUCAAAUUAUUGGUAUGAGUGCUACUUUACCAAAUCUCAAAACGCUCGGACAAUGGUUAGAUGCUGAGGUUUACGUCACGAAUUUCCGUCCUGUUCCAUUAACUGAAUUCGUUCUAUCAUGUGAUACGCGGUCUAAAGUGAAUCAGCUUUAUAAAUUAGUCAACUCUGGUUCAGAUAACGUUUGUACUCAACAAACGUCUGCAGAGUCUCUGGUGCCUACUGGUAAUUUACCUAUGGAUUCACAGCUAACUUCCGAUACUCAGUUAAAUGUGGUCGAUGAAGAUGGUGUGUUUGGUCUAUGUCUCGAUUCAUUUUUAAGUGGGCACGGUGUACUAGUAUUUUGUCCAACUAAGCAAUGGUGUGAACAAUUGGCUGAUACAAUGGCGCGUCAUAUUUUCAACCUAACACAAUCCUACUUCUCAACGCAACACAAGCAAAAAAAUAAUUUGCUGGAAUCCAAUGCAGGGGAUUUAGGGGAUGAAAAUUCGAGUGAUCAUCAAGCAGGGUUAGAUAUUGGAUCACGUUUAGCAGUACACUUGGAUCGAGUUGGUCUUUCCACCUGUGUCGAUCAACUAAAGCGCUGUCCAGCUGGUCUUGAUACAGCUUUGGCCCGAUCUCUAGGUUAUGGUGUCGCUUUUCACCAUGCAGGCCUUACUGUUGAAGAACGGGAAGUUAUUGAGUUUGGAUUUCGUAAGGGUCUUGUUCGUAUUUUAAUUGCUACGUCUACAUUAAGCUCUGGAGUCAAUUUACCUGCUCGUCGUGUUAUAAUUCGGACACCAUUGUUUCAUGGCCAUAUCUUGGAUUUUCUAACCUAUAAACAAAUGGCUGGUCGAGCAGGUCGUCAGGGCGUCGAUACUUCUGGUCAAAGUAUUUUAUUAUGUAAACCAAAAGAUUUAGGACGUGUACGUCAGUUGGUUGCAAAUGGAAUGCCACCAGUAAAUUCAUGUUUAAUGGGUCAAGGAGGCAGUCCUGAAUCUAGCCUGAAACGUGCUUUACUUGAAGUUAUUGCAAAUGGAUUCGUGGAAACACUAGCUGAUGCUUUAUUGUAUUUGUCUAGUACUCUAUUAGCUACAACUGUUACUCAAGAGAAGCUAAUCGAAUUCAAAAAUUCUAAAUUAUCUCCUUCCACAGGAGGCAGUCGACGUCGUUCUCUUCGUUUAUCUCAAAAUAAAAUUGGUUCCACUGAUGAAGUAACUAGUGUUAGGAAUGAUAAUAAUCGUUUCACUGAUCAAAUGAAGCACCUAUUAUUCAUGUGUGUGAAAGAUUUACAAAAACAUGAACUCAUCUACAUUGACCGGUCUUCAUGUUCAGAUGGUGAUGGUAUGAAUCUGUCAAAUGUGGAUGCGGAAUCAUCGGAGUCGUUAUUGAAUUAUGCGCGUCUACAACCGACAGCUCUAGGAAGAGCUGUAUUGUCUUCUUCUUUGGGUCCGGUGCAUGGGCUAGUUGUUUUUGAAGAGUUGGACCGUGCACGUCGAUCUAUCGCACUUGAUACUGAAUUACAUCUCGUCUAUUUGUUGACUCCUGUUUAUCUGGAUGUUGGUGCUGAUUUAGAUUGGCUUUGCUACUUGGAACAAUAUCAGAGUUUAUCUCCUGCAGAACGUCGAGUCGCUGAUCUAAUUAAUAUUGAAGAACGCUUUAUUACAAGGUGUGCAGCUGGUGCUCCUCCAACUACUGGUGGUCGUCAUGGUAAUGUUAAUGCGAUCAACCGACGUUUAAGCCUACACAGACGUUUUUAUACAGCUUUAGUGCUGUAUCGUUUAGUCAAUGAAGAUGGUUUACAGAUGGUUGCUAAAAGAUUUGGUGUCAAUCGUGGUCUCUUACAGAGUUUGCAACAGCAAGCUGCCACUUAUGCAGGUAUGGUCACUAUCUUUUGUAAUCGUCUUGGUUGGAGUCAUAUGGAACGUAUAAUAGCUAAUUUUCAAUCUCGUCUUUGUUACGGUGUAUCUGAUGAACUUGUUGACUUAGUACGUUUGCUUCCUUUAGUCAAUGCUGAACGUGCUCGUGCGUUAUAUGCAGCUGGUUAUACUCUGGUUUUACAACGUGCAGUGCCUUUUGAACGUAGUGAGAAUUGUAUGAAUGCAGUAUAUCGUACCAUUCUACUGGAUGAUGGUCGUAUAAUUAAUGAACAAGAGGUUGGACCAAUAAUUGUGGAACAGGCAAAGAAGUUGUUAGAAAUCGAUUUAACUUCAGUCUAUGGAAGAGAUUUAAUUAUUCUAUCCAAAAGCGAUGAAAGAUUAGGAAAACCUAAAGAAUGUUUAAUUGUCAACUCACCAAGUGCUGUUGACGUUCAAAAUGAGAGGCAUUCAUUAAAGAAUAGUCAAUCAAUGAUAAAAAAUACACAUUGUAAUAAUAAUAAUGAUAAUAAUAAUAAUUCAGUAUUGGAUAACUUGAAUGAAAAUGACAUUAAAAUGCUUAAUACUACUACUGAGGGUAGGAAGCGUUCGUAUUCUUCUGCAGUUGAAGAUUUUGAAGUGAAACAUUUUAAAUUAUCAUUGGAAAGUGCUGUGCAUACACCUGUGAUGACAACAAAAAUAGCAACAAUGAGUACCACUUCUACUGCCUACACUGAACCAGUAUGUCAUAAUAACUCUAUUCUCAAUCCUUACAUUGAUGCAGAUAAUCUCGAUGAAUGUAACAGUAAUCAGAAUUAUAAAUCGCCUAGCAAGGUUAAUAAUGAUCACAGCGUAGUGUUGAACUCUCAGGUUUUGAAUGUGGAAUGUGAUAAGUCUAUUCAUCUUCAUGAUACAACUAGAACAUCAAAAGAUUUUGAAAACUUCACUGAACCCAGCCAAUCCUUUAUUUUGACUAGUCAACUAGCAGCUAUUGUUGAUAAUCAAUUAUCAUUGGUUAAUACACAAGCAUCAUUAUGCUUAGGGAAUACAUCUGUUACCUCUACAUCUCCUGUACAAUCCAAUAGUGUAAAUUUAUUUACAAUACCAGAAUCUUCAGUUUUAUCAGUGUCGUUUACCGAGAAACCGUUUUCAUUUACUGUAUCCAAUAACGACAAUGAUCCUCUCAACAAAAUAACAAUUGAAACACUUCGACGAAAAGAAGAAAUAAUAAUGCAUGAUAAUAAUGAUUUAAAAACAUUACAGAAUUUAAUGAUGUCACCGAUCACUUCUGACGCUGAUGUAAAAGAAAAGAGGGAAGCAGUCCUCCCCGAUCAGUUCGAAACUCAUCUAUCCACAUCUUUUAGUGUAAAUGAGCUAUCCUUGAAUGUAGAGAGAAGCAUAGGUGAUUUGUUCAAUUCUUCAUUCACGUCAGAUUUACCAAUGAACAAACAGUGCAUAGAGCAAGAUUUACUGUGCUCUCAAAAUAGAAAUUCAUUUAAAGGUUUCAGAUAUGAAGCGAGUACCAACAUCCCAUGGACUGAUAGUUUGACUUUGAACAUCUUGAAAAAUAGUGAUUUUGAUGAUCAUGAUGAUGCUGUUGUUAAGGAUGACUUAUUCUCUAUUAUUGACGUAACCCAAUCUUAUUCCUUGUGGAAAAUUUUUCUUGAUGAUUUGAAUCAACGUAUUGAUGAAAUUAGUUCAAAGCGGUCCGAGUUGAAUUAUAUUGCAAUACAGCCUGGUUGGCUUUUGAACAUAAAAUCGUGUAAUAAUGAUGCGGAGGACCAAAUGUGCAGUGACUUUUUAGAAUGUUUAGCGUGGAAGUCUGGACCUGCAGGGUGUCCAGCUACUGGUGGUGGAAGAAAUCUGUGCACAGACUACAACUUAUACCUUGGUGGAUUGUCGCUUUCUUCUUCCUGUUUGAGACCUAAUGUUGUAUUUUGGAUUAAUUUUCUUUCACAAAAUAAUGUAAACCGAGUUCCAGUGAGUAAAUGUUUAACGGAUAUUCAUGAUUUAUUUCUUCAUAUUAGUCAACUCAAUAUCGGAUUAAUUGUAUGGGAUGUAAAAUGGUGGUAUCGAAUUGUCUAUGAUUUGUUCAAGUUGCCUACUCGAAUAAAAUUCCAACUGUAUGAUCCAAAUUUAGCUAAUUGGUUAACAAAUCCUGAUUUCGGUCAAAGUUCUUUAUUAAAUGAAGCUAGAAAGUUGAAUGCAGAUGUUGUCAAUGUGUUGAAUGAAGUAACAUCAUUUGCUGAACGGCUUGACCCUCCAACUCAAUUUUCCGAUUGGUUGAAAGUUCCCAAUUCAAGGUGUUCUAGUCAAUGUCCUCCAGCAAAUUGUUUAAAUGGAAAACAGUUAUCUGUUCUCUCUGAUCAUGUGAAUAUCACAUCAGCUCAGUGUUUCUUAUUAUCAUUAUGGACAAACUCAACUAGUUGGUUAUCACAAGUCGAUCAUUCCAUACUCAGUUCAGUUGAAAUGCCUUGUCAGUCAUUACUUGCUCGAAUGGAAUCGAAAGGUUUCAAUUUAUGCUUGGAUGAGUUGAAUAAAUGUUAUGCCUCAUUACUUCAUGCAUGUAAACAACUAGAAAGUGUUGCACAUCGAUUAGCUGGCCUACCAUUUCCUCUGGAUUCACCAAAAGAAAUUUCAAAGGUCCUUUUUAAAUGGCUUCAUCUGCCGCGUGUAACAGAUCCUAGUGAGUUAAUUUUAUCGAAGAAACGUAGCCAACAAGCCUUAUUACUGAAUGGACGUAAACAUUCAAAUAAUUUGCCUAGAGCUACUAAUGCUGUACUCUUGAAAUUAGCAAAUUUCCAUCCGUUGCCAGCUAUUAUUAUUGAAUGGCGUCAUGUGAAUGGUAUUUUAGAAAAAAUAUUCAAUUCAUUAAUAUCAACAUGUCGUAAUUGUAUAUCGACUGAUGCCAAUGAGCCUUUACGUGUAUCACCGACAUAUGAUGUAUAUACAGCGACAGGUCGUAUUGUCUCUACUAUGCCAAAUUUACAAGCUGUUCCUAAGGAUAUUAUUAUUGAAUGGCCGAAAUUACUGUACAAGACUUCGUCUAAUAACCGUCAGUUAUGGCCUUCACCGUUUGACAAAGUAUUAUCGGAAUUCCCUAAAUCUAACGAGAUUAUCAAACCUCGUUGUGCAUUUGUUACACCUGCUGGAGUGGAGUAUUCAAGUCAUAUUGAUCAGUCUAUGGCGCCUAACUCGGAAUCGGAUGCCUUUAAAAAGCUUGCUGCUCAUUGGUUGAAUAUUCCUCAUCCAAAUCAGGUCACUGAUGUUCAACGCCAACAAGCGAAACAGAUAUGCUAUGCUAUUUUAUAUGGAAUGGGAGCUCAAACAUUAUCCAAUCAGUUGAAUAUAUCAGAACAAACUGCACAAAAAUUGAUUGAUAGUUUUCUGCAAACUUAUCCAGGUGUUCAAAAUUUUAUCACAACGACCAUUUCAUCUGCUCAUCAUGAAGGUCGAAUUACAACACUGAAUGGUCAUAUUCGUCUUCUACCAGCAUUAUCCUCUAAGACAUCAUUGAAUCAUGGUAUGGAUUAUGAUUAUGAUUUUGGUUUCUCAAGGAAACAAGAUUAUCGAAAUUAUUUUGCUGUUAUGAAGGCUGAACGUCAAGCUGUUAAUAGCAUAAUCCAAGGCAGUGCAGCGGAAUUAGCAAAGCUCGCCAUGUUAGCAGUCGAUGAAGCUCUUCACUGUACUCAGAUUCCUGGUUAUGCCAGUAUUGUUCUACAUGAACAUGAUGAAUUAAUCUAUGAGGUUUUUCCUGAAUCAUCCGUUAAACAGUUUGGCUUAUUAAUUCGUCAGACAAUGUCGAAUGUAGGCAAGCAGUGUAAUAUUAAUGUUCCACUUCCUGUGAAACUUAGGAUUGGUCCUAAUUGGUCUGAUUUAAAACAAGUCGACUGGUGA